UAUCAGGCCAAAGAGCUCCGUAGCUCCCAGUAGGCCAUGGACGUCGUUACGCUCUUUACCAUUUUUACCCUGCUGGUAACCGAAUCUUACCAAUAUCAAUACAAACAUCACGACAACAAUGAACUGGUGCAAAUAUUGGAAUCUGUACACGAACAAUGUCCAAAUAUCACAAGGAUACACACUCUGAGUGAGAAAUCGGUCCUUGGAGUACCACUCUACGUUAUAGAGUUUUCCACGACGCCAGGACACCAUGUUACACUGAAACCUGAGUUUAAAUACAUAGCAAAUAUGCACGGUAAUGAAGUACUAGGUAGAGAGCUUUUGUUAAGAUUGGCUGUAUACCUUUGCGAAGAAUAUAAUGCUAAAGAUCCCAUAAUAACUGCCCUGAUUCAAAAAACUAGGAUCCAUUUAAUGCCUUCAAUGAAUCCGGAUGGAUGGCAACUUGCAACAGACACAGGAGGUUUGGACUACAUAAUUGGCAGAAAUAAUAAUAAUUCUAUAGACUUGAACAGGAACUUCCCAGAUUUGGAUAGAAUCGCAUUUUCAAAUGAAAUCGAAAACAACAAUCAUCUCCUAGAUCAAAUAGUUCGCCUUAACGAUCCUCUGCAACCGGAAACGAAAGCUGUUAUCCGGUGGAUAAUGUCUGUUCCUUUUGUAUUAUCAGCUAACCUACAUGGAGGUGAUUUGGUAGCAAAUUAUCCCUACGAUCAGAGUCGUUCGGGUAAUCCAAAAGAAUAUUCAAGAACUCCCGAUGAUGACACAUUUAGGUACCUGGCCUUGGGUUAUUCUUUAUACCAUGCCGAUAUGGCGAAUCCCGCAAGAAGGGGAUGUGGGGAUAGGGAGAGUAGUAAAUUUGGAAGGCAGGGGGGUAUUACGAACGGAGCCCAAUGGUACAGUCUUCAAGGAGGGAUGCAAGAUUUUAAUUACCUUUCAAGUAACGAUUUUGAAAUUACCUUGGAACUUGGCUGUGAAAAAUAUCCAGUAGCUGAUGUACUGGAAUUGGAAUGGGAAAGAAAUAAAAAUGCCUUAAUCAAUUAUAUGUGGCAGACCCAUACAGGCAUAAAAGGAAUUGUAUAUAACAGUAUUACUCACGAAGGAAUUCCAAACGCCGUAAUUCACGUAAAGAACAUAACAUCAGGUAUAUCAAGGGACAUUCAGCAUGACAUAACAUCAGUUUACGAUGGUGACUAUUACCGAUUGUUAACUCCGGGUCAAUAUAAGGUAACUGCAUUUAAAGAAGGGUAUUUACCCCAUACAAGAUUAGUAACUGUAAUAAACAUUCCCUUCACAUCCGCACAGAGGGUAGAUUUUGCCCUCAAUCCGAUAUCGGCGACCCCUUAUUACAUCCCCCGUGAAAAUAGUUUAGAUGAGAACAGUAAUAAUGAGCAACAAGAUUGGGUAAAUUGGGAACAGGACGAUGGAGAUCAAGUAGCAUUUGAUUAAAGACAAAGAAAGCAAAGCACUUAAUGUUAAUUAAAUUCCAAAUAAUAAAAGACUUACAAACUUUUUCCAUGUAGAGUAGUACAUAUAAAUGUAAUAUAUUUUCAUCUAGCUCAAGUUUUUCGCAAUUUAAAUCUUUACUGUAUAAUAAACAGAAUAGAAUACGUAUAUACAUGUGUUGUCUAAAUCACAAUAAACAUUUAUUAAAAUUAAA